UUAGUAAUGUUUGACAUUCAUCAUAGCAUACAAUAAGACGUCAAAUUAGUAUAAACAAAGUCGAGAACUCGCCAAUAAUCCAAAAAAUGGAUUCAAAUAGUCGAAAAACCAUUAGUAAAGAGAAACAAGAGGCAAUUAAAAGGAUAUUAAUGUCAAAAGUGGUGCCUCGCAAGGAAUCGCCAAAUACACCAAUAAUCGAACUCGAUGCGAAUUUCUCCCGAAUUCUCCAAAAGAAACGUGAAGAGCAAUUGGAAGCGUCCAGACAAAAACUAUUCGAUAGUACGGGCGCAUCAAAAUUUGAUUUUACAAUUGACGAGAGUCAGACCGAAGUGAAAAGUCACAGCGUGGGAUCGGCGCAGAUAAAAAAAGACGCCAUGGCAGAAUUGGAAAACAGCAUGAUGUUUCCAAAACAAACACAAUCGUGGAAUGAUUUAUCUGAUGGUGAAGACAGUUUUCUAGAAAUGGAGCGCCAGUGUAAAAUGGAAGACAAACACGAGCGGUUGAUGAACGCAAACGAUACAAUGUUGUUUGAUGUUGAACCACCAUCGGAACUAUUCGAUCAAACAGUUAAUCAUAGUAUUGUGAAUUUGGACGAAACACAAGAUGGAACAGUCGAAUCGUCACCAUUUAAGUUCAAUGGCUUUCUACGUCCGUCCACAAUUAUCGAGGAAACGUCAUCGCAACUCGAUUCAACUGGUAAAAGUGCCAAUUCGCAGCUCGGUUCAAGUGGCAAAAGUGCCACAUCGCAGCUAUCAACGACCACAAAAUUAUCAGACGAUGACACGAAAUCUACGAUCAAAGAAUGCUCAAUAAAUGCAAGUAAUGUUUCAGAGGAGAGCGAAUCAAAGACUAAAAUAUCGCCAUUACGCGAGGCAAAUUCUCAGGCAAAUAGUGAAAGACGUGGAACAUUUGCAUUCAAAAGGAAAAAUCACACAUUCUUCCCAAGCGUCAAUUUAAUAUCGAUCGAUGAAAGUGAUGAUUCAUUAACAAACGAUAAAACUCCAACGCGACAAUUAAUCAACAUUCAAGCAAAUGUUGACGACAAAGAUAUUCGAAAUAUUAACGAAGACGAUCAAGAUCAAUUUAACAACACGCUAGAACGUGUCGACUAUAUUUUAGAGAAGGGAAAACAGUUACUGGAAGAAACACCAGCCAAAAGACACAAUCAUCACAACAGCCUGUUAGAAACUCCAUUGUUCUCAUGCAAACGAAAAAGAAUGAUUAGCGAAAUGGCUUCGAAUGAAAUGCUACCGCUACCUAAACGCGGACCACUCAUCGAUUUUUCAACACCAGAAGUAACGAAGCAAGUACGCACCAGUAAAUUCGACCGAAAUCUAGCCAAAUGACCAAUCGACUUGGGUCGCACAUUUAUUGCAUUGAGAUUUAAAUAAAAUAAAAUUCAUUUUGUAUUCACAUUCGGUGAAUUAAUAGAUUCAGGAAAAUCGUUUAAAAUCAUAGAAUUUCAUGUCUUCAACCAUUUUUAUAUUUCAUUGUAAUUCUGACGAUUAGAAUUGUACUUUUGGAACAUUUAAAAGGCAAUGCAAUGACAAAUUUUAACGAUAUUAAUAGGCUGAAUUUUAAGACAAUAUUUUAUAUCAAUGAUGUAGAUGUCAUUACUAUUUACAUGCAAAUUAGUAGGAAUCGUCAAGAAAAAUAUGGCUUAAAUUCUGAUAUAUACCUGUGUAAUAGUACAGAUAACAAUAUGUAGUUUAUUGAGAAAACCAAAAUUUACAUAUAAAUAAAUUCGACAAAUUUUGUAAAAAACUUCUCUUUUCCUUAAUGGUAAGGUAAUUGAUUUUGUUCGAACAGUCCGAAAGUCCGACUCUUU